CUUUGCGAUGGGCGGCACCGAGUCGACUCCCGUUGUGCCGGAAGGCGCGCGGCUCAAGAAGAUUUACCUCCAUUUUGAGGAAGGCGACGAAGCGAACCACCUUACGCUCAAGCUGACGAUUCCGUCCAAGUGGUCAGGCGCCACAGUCGACCGUUUGAAAGAGUUCUUCUUGGACACGUACAACGAGCGCAAACCGGACAACAAAGUGGACCCGAAUGCGUACCACUUGGAGCGCUCCGAGAACCGCGCCCUCCGCGGUGAUGAAACGAUCCACGACACGAUCAAGAACCGAGACGAUAUUUAUGUCAAACUCGGGCCGUCUACGUACAAGCACAAGAAAGAUCUCGCGGACGAGGAGCGGGAACGCCUGGCACCGAAGGACUUGGUCCAGUGCAAGAAUUUUGGGUGCCGCGAAAAGUUCAACCCAGUGGAAAACCACGCGAGCGCAUGCAAACACCACACGAAACCCCCUACCUUUCACGAUACGAAGAAGGGAUGGCAGUGCUGCACGGAGAAGCUCGUGUACGAUUGGGAGCAAUUUGAACUGAUCGAGCCGUGUGCGGUGGGGUUCCACAGCACGACUGGGAUUGCGCCGCCACCGAAGGAGGAAUCGACAGGAUUUGGCGCUCCUGUUCUUGUCGUGCCGGCCCCAGCUGUCAAAUCCAUUGACGAGUACAACCAAAACAAUCCGAACGCAGUCACAGCCGUCUCGGCCGCUGCCCCGAAAUCCAAACCGGCCGCCGUCCGUACCGAUGGAAAAGCGAGAUGCGUCAACUAUGGCUGCCAAAAGGAAUACGUGGUUGCAGAAAACAACGAGCGAGCAUGCCCGCACCACGUCGGCGCCCCAAUCUUUCGUGACGCGGGCAAGCACUGGUCGUGCUGCCCCAAAAUAGUCAAGUACGACUUUGACGAGUUCCUCAAAAUUCCACCGUGUGUGGUGACAGCCCACACGGACCAGCGAGCGUAAGCGAUCCCAAAAUCGUCCUCGCGUUUGUUUGUCGACUUUGCACAAGGCGUAUCACGCCUGCUCGAAUGUGGCGACGUGGCAUCGACACGUGCGGCCUUGAAUGCACCCACACAACAACUGGAUUGUCUUCGAGGUUGCUCCACACUC